GGCUAAUGUUAGAUUCGCAUGAGGCUCUGACAAAGAGGCUCACUAGGCUGCGGCUUUGGACUCGUUCCCCCUAGCGAUCUCUGGUCCCGGGACCAAUGAUGAACGAAGCUCGGGACGGCGAUGGAGCGCUUGAACGGCGCACGUGCUGCGUCUUCGAAUUCGGGGUCAAGUCACGCUAAGUUCCUUUUUCCCGCGUGGUCCUUUACUCGAUGCAGGGCGGGCAGCGUCUCUCCCAUGGCUGGUGGCCCGGCGGCUGUCCAGGUGGGCCAGGCUCUUGAUCUGCUUGGUCAGGUUGACGGCCGACAUGUCAAGGAGGUCGGACCGGCGGGGUUCAUGUGCAGAUUGGGCUCAGGCGUGGUCUGCCAGCGAAUGCAUGCAUAUGAAGUUGGAGAAAAGAGGCCUAACUGCAGUCAGCCGUUCCUCGUCGGUGAGGCGCGGGGUGGUAGGAUGGGCAGUGUGCUGCAUGACUGCCGAGACGCCUUUAUGCAGGCGGCGCAUCCACGCACAGCCUCGAAGCUGAAUCCAUGUGCGACAGAAGCAGCGGUCAAGGGAGAUGGACUAUCAGUAGUGCCAUGCUCCGUGCCUGAAUCGAGAUGGUGUUAGAUGGGCAGAUGGGUACGAAGAUUGAUGAGAGGGGUGCAAGCGUCGAGGCCCAAGGAGUAGAGUAUAGUGCACUGAGGCACAUACAAGCAUCGAAUAUAGGGCUUCAAAUGCCUCAUAUGAACAAGUUGCAUGUGACUUUGGAAGAGAAGAAGACGUUGAGACAUCAAAAAGGUACCAAGCUCAA